UGAUUUGAUUAUUGGAACAAUGUUAAUAUUAGGGUACAUAUUAAUUUUAAAACUACUUUAUGUGGAUUGUUUAAUUUUUAAGGUCCACCCAGAUGCCGGUCUUAAUAUUCCACAACUUUUAACAAAAUAUGGAUACCCUGUAGAAAUUCACGAUAUCAUUACAGAAGAUGGUUACAUAAUAACUAUCUUCAGGAUACCGCAUGGGAAAAAUUCUACCAAAGUACAUAAAUAUCCAGUGAUCCUAUUUCCAGGAACCUGUGGUUGCUCCGAAAAUUUUGUGGCUACGGGUCCUGAGCAUGCUAUUGGAUUUUAUUUAUCCGAUAAAGGAUUUGACGUGUGGUUAGCAAAUAAUAGAGGCAAUAGACAUGCAAGAAAGCAUAAAACUUUAAAUCCUGAAAAGGAUAGAAAAUUUUGGAAUUUUGGAUGGCAUGAGGUGGCUAUAUACGAUACACCAAGUAUUAUUGAUUAUGUUCUUAGAGUCUCUAAUGCAUCCCAAAUAUUUUAUAUAGGCCAUUCGCAAGGGACAACAACAUUUUUGGCAAUGGCAGCAGAUAAACCUGAAUACAACAAGAAAGUGAAGUUAUCUAUUCAAUUGGCUCCUACUUGCUUUUUAAACUAUACCAAAACCAUUGCAAGAGUCUUAGGAAAGCAUUCUUUAUUAUUAGAGAAUCUAGCAAGAACAUUGGACUUUUAUGUACUCUUUGCAAGACCAAUUAAUGAUUUUUUAAACAAUUUGGCAAGAACAUUUUGCUCUGAAAUGACUAUUUUUGUUGAUUUAUGUUAUCUCAUUCUUUAUUUUUUCAAUUACAAUAGCCAAAAUCUAAUAGAUCCGAUGCACGCUCAAUUGGUACUUCAAUCAUCACCAGCGGGGUGUUCUUUUAAAGAAUUGUUACAUUAUCUUCAAAUCAUAGAUUCAGGUACAUUUAGUAAAUAUGACUAUGGACCAAAAAAAAAUUUAAAAUAUUAUGGAGAGAAAAAACCACCACUGUACAAUUUGUCACAGAUAACGUCUCCUAUGAGUUUAUUUUCGGCAAAGGGUGACCUCUUAGUUCCACAAAAGGGAGCUAGAGUGUUAGCUAAAAUGUUACCAAACUUGGAGUCAUUAUAUAUUGUGCCAAACGAAGAUUUUAAUCAUGUAGAUUUUAUUUUUAGUAGCGUUACCAAGGAGCUUGUAAAUAAACCGAUUUACGAAUUAUUUGUCAAAUAUAUUAAUAAAGAUUAAUAUUUAUUACUUGUUUUAAAAUGAAUAUCGUAUGCAAGCACGCGCCAACUAGGAUUAGGUAAAGCUGCGCAUUUAUGACUGUAUUGAACCCGCCUUUCAAGCGAUUAGUAGC